AUGUUUUUCUGGCUUCUGGCAGCAAGCACCCAGCCAUGCGCAUCCUUCAGCCGCCCCAGCUUUUCCGUGAAGACACUUGCAGGUGAGUCAGUGCAAGAACAGCCUGGGAAUUGGGCGCCGGCAUUGGUGGAACCGCAGUGGGCGGAGUGGAAAGCCUCUCACCCAAGGUUCUGCUCAAUGUUCCGGCCCUUGUGUGACAGUGGCUUCCCUUCGAACCAGCUAGCAGUCAUGACGGCACAAGACAUGAGGGAGCACAUGCUUGGCAUUGGAUCCUGCUGGUUUGCGCCGCUCGUCAUUCUCUGCGCAGCUUUCGGGGUCUUGCGCCCUGGAUUGCCGGCAGCAAGCAGUUCGGCAUUCUGCCUCGACAAGCUUACCGCCUGGUGGCAUCGCGGCCCGAGACUCUCAGCAAUUUCAUUCAAAGCCUAUUUGUGCAUGCUGCUUUUGAUUGAGCUGCUUGGCCUGUCAGCACCGGAGCCCACAGUCCUUUCGUUGCCCGAAGCCUUGGGACGAGUGCGGCGACAUCCCUAUGGACCGGGAGCCGAGUUGGGACUGCUGGAGGGUCACGGCUUGGCAGACUCGCCGCAUCUGAUUCCACGGCUCACAUACCUGUUCAUGCCAGGUUUGGACGACAGCACCGCUGACGGCUAUGCCUCGUUUCACGCUGUGCUUCGCGCAACACUGAUUGGGGCUUGGUGCAUCUUCCUGGUCACACCAAGCACCUGGAAAAUGACGUCUACAGCGUGCUAUACCUGGGGAGCAGCGAUGUAUGUCUAUUUCGGCAGCCUGAGCAUGAUUUUCGUGCCCACCCAGAGCAUAUGCUCUUCGCACUUUUUUUUGAUGGGGGCUAUCUUCGUCGUGCCACAUGCUGAGAGUACUGAUGCCCAAGCUUGGUUGUGGAAGUUUCUGGUCAUGAGCAUUCUGGCACCAUACUACCUUGCAGCGGGCUUCGCGAAGCUGCGCUACGCUGGCUGGGUAUCAGUUCUAACGGGAAGCUGGAUGCAGCCCAACUUGAGGAAUUUCCCGUCGUUCUUCCCCGGCUUUAAUGCCUGGGCAGCACACACACCAUUCGUGACAGCCUUAUUUUCAUUCGGAUGCAUGCUCGUCGAGUUCGUGGGGCCACUGCUCGUCCUUUCCAUUGAUGGAAAGCCAUGCUCCAAGGUUGCGCGGUGGGCACUUACGGUGUGGAGUUGCCUUGUCCUCGGCUUUCUUGUGGGAGCCUUCGUAUUCCUCAGCCCAAAUUUUGUUCGCCAGGUUCCCUUGACAAUCAUGAUUCUACAUGGGCUCUGGUGCUCAGAUGGAUCCGAGAGCCAGCAUCCUGACGCUCAAGACGCCCCACCUUUGGUAUAUCACUGCAGAGUCAUAUUGGCGAUGCUGCUUUUGAGCUCGUGGUUUGCCGUUGAAAUGUGGUCAGACAUGGCACAUCUCACCGGCGCAACGCCACAGCUAUCGAAGCAUGAUCCAGGAUGGCCAAUCGGUGAGUUUGGCAUGUUCGUCCAACCUUCGGAGACAUCGAACUAUGCACGCUCUCUGUUUCUGGAGUUGUUUGUGUUUUGCUGCCUCUGCGUGAAGAAAUGGCAAGACAUUUGGUCCGCCGCGAAGAGCGACACAUAA